AUGGCGACGUGUGUAACGCGCAUGGGAUGGCGUGCAUCGGGCGCAAUGUCGAAAUCCUCAUCAAUAUACCCAAGAAUCUUGCCAAGUGCGCCUGCCUUCCUCAGUGUGCCGAACUCAAUUAUUAUUCACACACAAAAAAGAUCGUUAUUCGUCCUUCCUUACGGCCUAGAUGUCGGUUUGGUGGGCAUUACUGCCUAUUUUAUGACUAAACUAAGAAGGCCGGAGCCUUCGAAUGUGGUCAGCGUGUUCGGGCCGGAACCUGGGUCGAAAGAAAGCGAGGAGAAUCCGGACAAAGUGGUCCGCUGCAUAGCCCACAGAGGUGCGGGGUUAGACGCACCAGAAAACACUCUGGAGGCUUUCAAAUACUGUGUGAGUCAUGAUUGCAAUAUGGUGGAGCUAGACGUACGGACAUCUAAAGAUGGAAAGCUGGUGCUCUUGCAUGACCAAGGAUUACAACGGUUGACUGGCAGCAGUAUUAGCAAUGUACACAUUAUGGAUUGGGAUUCAAUAAAGAAUAUCGAUGUUGGAUUAACGCAUCCUAAUAGGGCCCAGUUUAAGGAGGUGCACCUGUGUUUGUUGGACGACGCGCUGGACUAUUUGCUGCAGAACAAAGUGAAAGUCAUCAUCGACGUGAAAGGCGAUAAUCAGCAGGUCAUUAACGGUAUCCUGCAGGCGUUCGCCUCCCGUCCUGACCUGUACAAGUCUGCGGCUGUGACGUGUUUCAACCCCUUCGUAUUAUACCAGAUACGGAAGCGUGAUCCGGAUAUUGUUGGAGCUCUGAGCUACCGCCCCUACUGCUUCAGCUCAAUGGACUUCGACGCAGAACAGGGCGCUUACAAUCCUAGAUAUGGGGACAACCUGGUGGUGCACUCGGCGCUGCGCGCGGUGGACGCGCUGCACGCGCUCGUGUGGCGCUGGUGCGCGCGCUGGUGCUCCGUCAGCGCCGUGCUGCUGCACAAGGACAUCGUCAGCCCAAAUGAAAUAUUCUACUGGCGUUCUUUGGGUGUGCGAUGUGCGGGCUGGUGCGUGAACAGGCCGCUGGAGAAAUUGUACUGGCGCGGCGUGCUCAAGGCGCCUUAUCUUGCGAACACUCUGCUCGGAGAACCCGAAAUCACGGAGAAGCAAGAUGAAAUAGAAGGCCCACAUCGUGUCAAAGAAUUGGAGUAG